AGCCGAUUCGGCGCAAGGGGUGAAAUUCGAGGAGUGGGUCUCUGAUCUGCAACUGAUCCCCGGCUGCGCAUCUCUGUGCCUCCCGGAGCCAUGCUCAGCAAGCCCGUGGCCUUCCUCUCCGCGGGCACCCCCGCUGUGCCCGCGGCCUCGCGGCCGCUCGCCGCGCCCCUGCAGCGGUCCGGCGCGGCUGCGCCGGCGUCCGCGGCGGGGGCCGGCCUGCCGCUGGCCGCGGCGGCGGCGGCCGGGGUGGCCGGCGCGUGCCUGGGCUGCUCGGGGAGCCGCCGCAGGCCCAGGAGGCGGGCCCGGGUCGCCUCGCGGGCCGAGGUGCUGGAGCGGGCCGGGGCCGAUGCCACCUUCCAGUGUCUGCCCGCCGGCCGCGAGCUGGAGGAGACGGCGCAGGACCGCGUGUUCCACUGGCUGGGCAAGUCGCCGCAGCCGGGCACGCCGUGCUGGACCUCCCUGCAGAAGCACUUCCCCAACGCCCUGCCCUCCAAGGUCGUGCACAACCGCUCGAGGACCGUGUUGGAGGAGCGGUACGGCUUCAAGCCCGACAGCACGCUGCUGGGCAGCUCUUUCUGUCCGGAUGAGAUCAACAACCAGCAACGCGAUCUGGCCUCGGUGAUGCGAGAGUACUACGGGCUGAUUUUCCCCAUGGGCGGCAUUGGUGGUGCACCGUACGUCGGCGAGACCGGCUUCGCGGCCUUCUCUAGCCACGUGUCCGACAACGGCGAUAUCAUCGUCGUCUUCGGCCCCCAUGUCGGCAUCUCGGUGGAGGGCGAGGUGGGCAAGUACCUGCGCGAGGGCCAGAGCGACAACUCGUCUGCCUGCGGCGCCGUCAUCGGUGCCUACAACGCGUGCCUCUGCGGCGGAGCGGGCACGUCGCCCGAGAUGGACGAGUCGGACAUGCAAAUGAGCGAGAUAAAGCAGGAGUUCGCCCAGCACGCGGAGAGGCUGUCCAAGACCAGUGAUCCGAUGGCAGCUUGCGCCUACCAGGCGUUCGAGAUGGUCAAGGACCGCAUGCUGCGAAUCGUCAACACUAAGUUUGGAAGUGGCCGUUUGGUGCUGAUCGGAGGCAUCCAGCUGAACAUGCCCUACCCAGAGUUCGACGACCACUUCCUUCCGCUCAUGUUCGAGGUUCGCCAGGAGGGGAAAGACACCAUCGAUCUGAUGGAUACAUUCACGAACGUGACCAUCCAGCAGGACUUGUCGCGGUCGCCGUGGGCAGCGGUCGGGGCACAGCGCGAGGUGUUUGCGUGGAUGACGUGGAGCCCGCCAGCAGUGUCGCCCGUGUACAAAUCGCUGCACAGGUUUUUCCCUGGCGCUCUUCCAGGCGAGGCGGUCCACCGCCGGUCUCUGCAGAUCCUCGGGAAGUACGGGUACACCACCCAGAACACGUUGCUGGGGACUUCGUUUUGUCCUGACGAGAUCAACAAUCGGUCCGACUGCCUGGCCGUGUACAUGCAGGACUACUGGGGCGACGUAUUCCCCAUGGGCGGCAUCAGCGGCACACCGUUCACCGGCGUCACUGGCUUCGCUGCGUUCUCCACCACGUCGCCGACGAGGGCAACAUCCUGGUCGCCUUCGGGCCCCACGUCGGCAUCUCCCCCGACGGCGAGGUGGGCAAGAUCCCCCGCGAGGGCCAGGCCGAGAUCUCUUCGGCGUGCGGUGCGGUGAUCGGCGCCUACAACGCGUGCCGCUGCGGCUGGACCGAGGACAGCUCGGACGCGUCGAGCUACGACAUGCAGAUGGACUUCUGCAAACGCCAGAUCCUGCCCCACUGCGAGGCCAUCUCGAGGACGGAGAACCCGAUGGCCGCGCUGGCGCACCAGUCCUACCAGAUGGUCAAGGAUUCCAUGAUGAAUUCCGUCAACACCAAGUUCGGAAGCGGCUACUUGUGCCUGCUCGGCGGCAUCCAGAUCAACAUGCCCCCAGGCAUUCCAGACCACUUUUACCCCGUGACGUUCGAGCUGCGCAAGGAGGGCGAGCCGACCAUCGACCUGAUCAAGGAGAUGCGCGAGUUCAGCUGAGGAGAUGCGCGAGUUCAGCUGAAGAAGUCCGUGAGCGUGAGCUGAGGAUGCUGCCCGCAGGCAUGGCGAUGGGGCCAGGAGCCCCAUCUCGCCAUGAAAUAGACGGGUCCUCACCCGACCGGCGGGAUGCCACACGUUACAUCCGGCCCCGAGCCUGUUUCGCGGCGCGUUUUUAGGCGCGGGUCGACCCGUGCGCGGCCCGCUCCGAUCUCGCUCGGGCGGGGCCGGGACGAGGAGAAAUCCGCCCUCGGUCCGUUGCAGGUCGUCCAGGACGCUCGAGCGGGGCCGGGACGCGGCGAAAUCCGCCCUCGGUCCGUUCCAGGUCGUCCAGGACGCUCGAGCGGGGCCGGGACGCGGCGAAAUCCGCUCUCGGUCCGCGACAGGUCGUCCAGGACGCUCG